GUGAGGGACAUGACGAUUAUUAGUCCAAGUGUACUUGUACCCAGAAAAGCCAGCCUGAUGUAGAUCACAUUCCUCGCAAAUACCCAUCACAUCCAUCAUAUGAGCAUGAUUAACUGGUGCCCCUCCUCUCUUAUCACCUACAUCCAACAAAUCAUUAAAACCCUAGCUUGGUCUUUUCUCAUUCUCGCGUGCAGCUUGCUGCUUCUCGCCGUGCGAAAUAAAAAACCGCACCUUCCUAGAUCGCUGCUUCUCGCCGUGUUGCUUCGUCUUCUCUGUCGCUUCCAUCACUCAAGCUCGUGUGGGUUCUGCUUCUUCUUCACUGAGGUCGUCCGCUCCAGCGCGACUGCAUCCCACAGCGCGCCGCACCUUCCGCUGCCAUUAUCGAGUUCCAGUUUUCAAGAAUCACAUACCGUAUCAACCAUGGCUUCUAGAGCUAUUCUUCCCCGUGAACAACCCAGAGGUGAGAUUAAACACAACAUGGUAGCAGGAGAAGUAAGCGCAUCACAAGGAAUGCGGCAGAGAAGAACAAGAAGCCAAGCACUGAACUUGUGAAUGCUGCACUAGUAGCAGCUAAUGUUUGUGUUGGAAAUGUUGUUGCUGCUGUUGUAACAAAGGUGGAUCCAGCUUAGAGGCCACCAGAAAAAAUGUCAAGGCCUUCAUUUCAGUUCUCACAGCUAGAAGCAAG